AUGUCGAUUACAACAAAGGAAGUACGGCUCAAGUUGUCAAAGCUACAACUACUCAUUGAGGAGCUCGAAGUUGCUGCUGAAGAGAGAAGGAAUUUACAAACCUUGAGCUUAACGCCUUCCGCUAAUGAUGACGAUGAAUUGACCAGUUCCCUAGGCAAAAUCGUGGAGACUUUUACUUUCUUUGAGCUGAAUUUGAAUAUAAACAAUAAGGAUGCUGCGAUAAGAGACCAAUUUGGUGAUCUCGUCGAGCUGUACGCAAAAGUCUAUUCACAGUUGGAGUCUGAUCCAGCCGUUGAUGUUUCUCCCUACAAGUUUUCCAGAAAACAUGCGGGAAAGCCCCAGCUAAGCACGCCAAAGAGCGUGAGAUUCAAAGAACUACCGGAGGAGAACGAAGAUGUUCCCGUUAUGCCUGCAGCUGCAGCCAUGUCCAAGCCGUUCCAGCCGUACCAUGAUGACCCGCCAUCCAACGGUCCUGCCGCAGCCUCGGAAUCUGAAACGGAAACUGACAAUGAAAUGGACGCUUUGCAUGACCUUUCAAACCACCAGAUGUACGCGCAACACCAGCAAACCAUGAUGCGGCAAGACGCGGACCUAGAUCUCUUGCAUGAGCUGGUGAGGCGGCAGAACCUCAUGAGCCACGAUAUCGACGACGAGUUGGAUGAACACUUGGUGAUACUAAAUGACUUGGAAAGAGGCGUGGAUGACUCAGGGUUCAGGUUGGAAAGAGCCACGCAAAGACUCCAGACCUUCAGACAAAUGGCAAGAGAAAACGGCAGCCUUGUGACGAUCAUUAUUCUAUCCAUCAUUCUUCUUCUAUUGUUGACUGUGCUCAAUUGA